CCUCCAUCUCUCUCCAGGCGACCUUCGGCUGUUCCUUGUGAGCCCGUGGACGCCACCCAAGAUGUCCCCUUUUGGUUGCUGGGGCCUGCCUGUGGCCCUUCUCGCCCUGCUGUGCUGCCCAGGGUCUGGUGAGGUGUUCGAGGUACUUAUGUCGUCAGAACGGCUGGUGGUGGAGCCUGGAAUGUCCUGGAAGAUCAACUGUAGUACCAACUGCACCCAGCCUGAGAAGGGUGGUCUGGAGACCACCCUAAACAAGACUCUGCUGGUCAAUCAAACUCAGUGGAAGCAGUACUUGGUCUCCAGUGCCUCCCAAGACACUGGCGUCUAUUGCUACUUCCUCUGCUCCGGGGGACAAAAUUCAAAGUCUCUGAACAUCAGUGUGUUCCACCCUCCGGAGCAGGUGCUGCUGACGCUGCAGCCCACUCGGGUGGUUCUGGGCACAUCAUUCACCGUCGAGUGCAGAGCGCCCGCUGUGGCACCCCUUGAGAGGCUAACCCUCACCCUGCUCCGUGGCAAAAAGACUCUGCACAAUAAAACCUUUGAGAAGACAAUGCCUGACCCCCAAGAGGCCAUGGCCAUGUACAGCGCCACAGCCCACAGGGAAGACGGCCACCACAACUUCUACUGCAAAGCCGAACUGGACCUGCGGUCUCGUGGCGGGCACAUCAUUUCCUAUGUCUCAGAGCCCCGGGAGCUUGAGGUCUACGAGCCCAUGCAGAACAACCAGAUGGUCAUCAUCAUCACGGUCGUGUCGGUGCUGCUGUUCUUGUUUGUGACAUCCAUUCUGCUGUGCUUUGUCUUCGGCCAGCACUGGCACCGGCAUCGGACGGGGAACUACAGGGUGCAGGGUGCAGCGGCGUGCUUCAGGGCCUGA